UUCGUUUUUUUAACAUUUUCAAAACUUUAUUUUUACGCAAAAAGUUUUACGCGAGGUGUUACAACCUUCGCAACUCGAUAUUUUAAUAAAUCCGAGAAUGUUCGCGCUCAACAGCAGGCGUUGGGUAAACAAAAAUACGAUUUAUCCAAAUGGAAAUAUUCGGAAUUACGUGAUGCAAUAAACACGUCUUGUGAUAUUGAGUUGCUUGAGGCUUGCCGACAGGAGUUUCAUCGUCGUUUGAAGGUAUAUCAUGCAUGGAAGGCAAAGAACCGUAAACGUACCACUAUGGAGGAGAAUGAACGCGCUCCUAAGAGCGUAAUGGAAGCAGCUUAUAAGGCACCUCCGCUAGCACAUCCCAAGCAGGAAAUCACAACUGCCCAGCACCGUUAUUUCCGCAUACCAUUUAUGCGCGCCAACGCUCCUGAAAAUACUAAACGCGGUCUCUGGUACGCACACUUUGAUGGACAAUGGAUAGCGCGACAAAUGGAAUUGCAUGCUGAUAAACCACCCAUUUUGCUAGUAGCAGGUGUUGAUGACAUGCAAAUGUGCGAACUUAGCCUGGAGGAGACCGGUCUGACACGCAAACGCGGCGCUGAAAUUUUGGAACAUGAAUUCAAUCGUGAAUGGGAGCGCAACGGUGGUAAACCAUACAAAAAUCUGGGUGCUAAUAGCAAUUAAGUAAAGAAAACCGUUUAGGUUUCAAUACGCUCCACUUUCAUAUGUAUAUGAUAAAGAAAUGAAAUGCAGACUAAAUAAAACAAUUUAUAUGAAAUUCAACUGUUAAGUUGAAAUCGCAAUUAAAUCAAAAGUAAUAGUUAAAUUAAUGAUUAUUUAAAUUGUAUGUGUAUUUUUGCAAAAAAAAAAGAAAAAAGAAAGUUUUUGAUAUCCAAAAAUAAAUUAAGAACCGUCGGUCAAUGUGCUUUCAACGUAUCAACAAGAGCAAGGGAAAUAUAGUAUGUAAUAUUAGUGUUAGAUUUGGAAAAUUGCUACUCGAUGUUUAGUACGAAAACAAAAAGUUUCAAGAAUUAGCAUGAGUUGCUUGAAUGUAUUUACAGUCGUUGCGCACUUUGCAGUAGAAAGAGAAAUUUAUUUAACGAAAUUUGAGAAUUAGCAGCAUAUUUGCUAAAGUUUAAAGAGCCAUUUUAUCGUUAGUUACAAGAAAUCAAAAUCUUAAUAGAAAUUUUGCAGAUUCUAAAUCAAUAAAAUGAGUUGCUUGAAUAAAUUAAAAUAAUGUAAGCAUAAUUUGUGCGCAAGCAGUAUAUAUUAAAAAAUGUUAAACGUUUUGUUAGCAUGCAAAUUGUCUAAAAUUAUUAGCUAGAAACAUUACAGUUCGAUAUGAAUCACUAAAUGUACAUAUAUCACAAUCGGCCCUAUGCUGAAUAUCGUCAUUGUCAGUAAAAGUGAUGAUACGGCCAUCGUCAGCCAUGUUACUGAUGCACUGAAGAUCGUCGACGAUGACGAUGACGAUAUUCCGCAUAGGGCCGUAUGUGUUUUAAAAGAAGUAUUUAUACACUAUUCUCAGUAAAAUUAUACGAUUCCUAUACAACAGCAUACUUAUUCAUUCACACAAGUAUUUAAAAUGGAAUUAACAAUUAAAAUCAUUCAACUCCUGUGUCUACUUUCUCUAAUACUACAUAGUAAUGAAUAAUUGAUAAAAACAAUAAAAUUGUUGUAUCCCGUAUGUAUGUACAUAAGUGGCAUAAACACAUGUACUUUUAUAUUAUGAACAUUUCGAUCGUUUGCUAGAAGAGCCGAUUUUCUUGACCGUUGGUUUGUUUGGAAUAAGCCGUUCUUCCAGCAAACAAGCGACAUGUUCUCUUAAUAACAGGUACCAAUUUUUGACUUACAAAUAUGAAACAUAGUAAUUCUUAUGAAUUACAUACAUAUAUGUUAAUUUAUUUACUGAUAACAGUAUAAAAGAACCACUAGGUUUUGUUAUUAUUAGCGAAAAAUAGAGUGAAGAAAUUAAACAUUAAGAAUGUCUAUUUAUAAUUUUAUGUAUACAAAGCAGCAUGGAAAAUAAAUACUUUAU